UAUGGUAGCAAUGCCACAAAGAAAUGAAGAGUUUAGUAGCUGAUACGCGGAUGGUUUCACGGUGAGCACCAUCCGAACAGAAUCGCUCUCGGCUGAAGGGGACCGGCGUUUUCUUUCCUUGUAAAUCUACUAUUUGUGAUAGAUAUGACGGAAAUGUUUUCAACGCUCUUCGGGCAAAACGACGCUCAGGGACCUCCCGGCUCGUCGUCUCUGGGUUUCGGACCAGGGAAACCCGCGCCGCCUCUUCCACAAAAUCAAGUCUCCUUAGCGGGGCAGAUGCCACCACAGCUCGGGGAUGAAGGGCCUGCUCUGCGGAAGCCCGGAGCCAUGAAUGAACCCUUCUACUUACUGCGGGAGCUGCCUGUAGGAAACGAGUUAACGGGCAAUACCAAUCUUAUCACCCACUACAACCUCGAACACGCCUACAACAAGUUCUGUGGGAAGAAGGUGAAGGAGAAGCUCAGCAACUUCCUGCCAGAGUUACCAGGUUUGAUUGACUGUCCAGGUACAGAGGAUGGCAGCUCGUUGCGCUCUCUGAUUGAUAAGCCUCCAGUGUGUGGGAACUCCUUCAGCCCACUAACUGGUGCUCUGCUCACAGGCUUCAGACUACACACAGGACCGCUGCCAGAACAGUACAGACUGAUGCACAUUCAGCCAAAGAAAGAUAGGAGGAAACACAAGCACAAACAUCCACGACCACAGGACCCACUCCCACAGGAAACUCCUUCAGACUCUGAUCCCAAGAAGAAGAAGAAAAAGCGAGAUGAUGAUCCUGACCGCAAGAAAAAGAAGAAAGACAAGAAAAAGAAAAAAAACCGCCACAGUCCUGACCACCCUGGCCUCGCUGGAUCACAGCCCAACAGUAACAGCCUCAGAUAGGCAGGAGCCCACUGUGUGCAUGAAUGUGUGUAUGACUGUUUUGUAAGAGGAGUGCAUGGGUUUUACAGACAAUUGUAUUACAGAGAAUAUGUUUAAAGAGAGAAGGAGUUAUUCAAAUAAUGCAGGUGUGCAAGAGAAAGCAGCAGCGGUGGUGGACGUGGCUGAUGGUAUAGUGUAAGACACUCGCUAUAGUCUGAUGUGAACUGUACGUAUGAUCGAUCGUCUUUGAUUUUUGUUGUGACAAUUUUUUGAUCCUAAUGCCAAAAUUAAAUAAAAUUUGGUAAGUA